AUGAAGUCCCGCGCUUCUGCUUUGCAAAUGGCGCUAAGUGAUCUACAAGCGGAAGCAGUGGAGCAGAAGUUCAGCGACUGGCGUGAGUUUGGGUACCGACUUGACGAAACCUACGACAAGAUGCCCAUCGCAGAGGCGGGACGACUUACAGCUGAUGACAGCAGGGCGAGACGGUAUGUCGUUUAUGACAGGAUGGUACAGUUGCUUCGUUAUGUUCACGUGCCCAACUCACGGGUGGACCUCUCCGAAAUGGGCCAUGUGCUCGAUGUGUUGGUGGAAAAGAGGGGAGAAAAAGAGGUGACGUUGUUUCUGCAUUGGCUUCGUAAAGAGGGCCGGUUCGAUCCGUACAUGGCUACGCAAUUACAGGGUGUGUUUAUGGUGAUGUACCCAGAGACCGUUGAGGAGAUUCUCAGUCAAUGGCUAAGGUCGAACGUACAUCCGAACGAUGUCUACGAAACACUUGUCGAGGUAGCGGCUUUCCAUUUGCGCGGAAGAGGUAGCCCUGAAUUGCAGCGGAAGUUCCUCCGGUCCACGCUGACCCAGUGGGCUACGUACAUGCACCUGUAUGUCGCUGACGGCCGCUUCAAAUAUGGCAACAACGACAUGCGUUCGCUCUUUGUUCGAAACGGACCUUGGGCGCGGGAUGACGGAUCAGUAGCACGUUUGACUUUCCUUCGCUCUGUUGACGGUAUGGCGGAUCGAGUUGACAACUGCCUCGCAGCGCUAGUUUCGACGCAGCCAGACUCGCUGCAGAUGGUGCUCGAUGGAUGGCAAGAAGCAUUCAUGCACCCUGGGGAAGUCCACCGUUUGCUAUUCAACAGGCCAAGAGACAGAGCUACGCCUGACGCCAAAGAGAAGGUGCAAGAGCUUACCUAUCGCCUGAAGUUUGUAAUGUGGCAUCAUUAUUUUGACGUGUUGAACGUCAACGACGUCUGUGACGACGGUGACAGGGCUAAGCAGGUAGUGGGAAACACCGGUACAGCAGAGACAACGGAUCUUUUCCAAUGGCUUCGAAGCUACUCUGGUAUGGAGGACCGCGCGGACAACCUACUCGCAGCGCUAGCCUCGAGAUACUUGACCCCUCUACCGAUGAAGAAGCGCAGAAAACUGCACAGGUGA